UUACUUGUCUCUCUCUCCCCUUAAAUAGUUAAAAUCUCAAUCACUCCAAUAAUACAUCCCCUCUUUCUUCUCUCUCUCUCUCUCUUUGUUGAUUCCCGUGUUGAAGAGCUGUCAAGUUGCAGGAGAAGAAGAAAGAGGAGCUAAUUUGUGUCAGGUUUGAAUAAUUGGAUACAAAUCUGAGCAGAGUUGAAUCAAUUUGACUGAUUCUGUUUCUUUGUGACAAAAAGAUGAUGAAGAUGGUGUAUGAUGAAAUGGGUUUUUGUGGGGAUCUUGAUUUCUUCACUGUUCCUCCUCCUCCAAUGGCAGAGGAGAUGCUGACAACUCAACCGGAGGCGGAUCCAGCUGUUGACGAUGAUUAUUCUGAUGAAGAAAUGGAUGUUGACGAGCUUGAAAGGAGGGUGUGGAGGGAUAAGAUGCGUCUGAAACGUCUUAAAGAAAUGAAUAAAGGAAAAGAAGGGAUGAUGAUGAUGAUGGACUCGGCUAAACAGAGACAGUCGCAGGAGCAAGCCAGGAGGAAGAAGAUGUCUAGGGCACAAGAUGGGAUCUUGAAAUACAUGUUGAAAAUGAUGGAAGUUUGUAAAGCUCAAGGAUUUGUUUAUGGGAUCAUACCCGAAAAAGGAAAACCUGUCAGCGGCGCUUCAGAUAAUCUACGCGAAUGGUGGAAAGAUAAAGUAAGGUUCGAUCGAAACGGUCCUUUAGCCAUAGCCAAAUACCAAUCGGACCAUUCAAUCCCGGGUAAGAACAACGAGGGUUUGAACCCUAUCGGUCCGACCCCUCAUUCCUUACAAGAGCUUCAAGACACAACCCUUGGAUCUCUCCUAUCUGCCCUUAUGCAACACUGCGACCCCCCUCAAAGGCGUUUCCCUCUCGAGAAAGGUGUCCCUCCGCCAUGGUGGCCCACUGGUAACGAAGAUUGGUGGCCUCAAUUAGGGUUACAUAAGGAACAAGGCCCGCCUCCUUAUAAGAAACCCCACGAUCUAAAGAAAGCCUGGAAAGUUGGAGUUUUGACCGCUGUGAUCAAACACAUGUUCCCUGACAUCGCAAAGAUUAGGAAACAUGUUCGUCAAUCGAAGUGUUUGCAGGAUAAGAUGACGGCUAAGGAGAGUGCGACUUGGCUUGCUAUUGUUAACCAGGAGGAGACUUUGGCUAGGGAGCUUUAUCCGGAUCGAUGUCCUAUUUCCACGACGAAUUCAGGAUCGUUCUUGAUCAAUGAUAAUAACGAAUAUGAUGUCGAAGGGGCAGGGGAAGAUGAGCUCGAGCAAGAUCAGAAACCGACCAAUCUCAAUUUCUUUGACAUGACUAUUGAGAAUAAUAAUAAUAAUAAUAAUAAUAAUCAGUUUGAAGAGUUUUCGAGGAAAAGGAAACCACCACCUCCGGUUACAAGCGAUGAUUUAAACGCGACUAUGGAUCAUCCAAAAAUCUAUGCAUGCGAAUUCAAUCGAUGUCCGCAUAGCCAACUCCACUUGGGUUUUCACGAAAGGUCUAUCCGCGACAAUCAUCAAAUGUCUUGUCCUUUCCGUCCGGCUAUCCCUACUACGUUUGGAAUUGGAAACUUCCAUAUGGUGGAAGAAGUUAAGCCGGUUUUCUUCAAUCAUCAGCAGCCGAUGCCUUCCUUCGAUAUGCCGGCAGAUGGAGUUCCUGAAGACGGGCAGAAAAUGAUAACCGAUCUCAUGUCAUUCUACGAAACAAACCUUCAAGGGAAACAACAUGGGGUUAUACCUAAGAACCAACAAUUACAUCAACCGGACAACAUUAACUUUCGUCAUGGCCAAAUAGGAAUGGGGAUGGAUGGGAAUUUCUUCGAACCGGGACUGGCAAUGGGUGGGGGGCGAUUCGAGCAAUGCAACAACACCACCAACAACAAUCAUAAUGAGAAUUUUCACAUGGUAUUCGGGUCGCCAUUCAACCGAAGUUCAAACAUCAACUACGCCGAAGCUUUUUCGGGCAUGGGGUCCGGGAGGGACACAAAUCAUGGAACAUUCAAGCAGGACAUACCUAUCUGGUACUAGCUAGAGAAUUAAGGUUGUUUUGUUGUUAGAUAAUAAUAUAUUACAUGAGGGUGGAGGGGAGAAGAUGAAAAUGUCCAAAAAUGGAACAACUUUACCAUUUUGGAAAAAUACUAUAACCAAUCUCAGUAUUAGAUUUGGGUGGUGUAAUCUAUCUAUCUAUAUCUCUAUAGAUAAUUAUAAUUAAGGGUUUGUAAUUUAUUAAGGUUUGUUUACUUGGCACUUUCAAGUUUCAA